AUGGCCCUUGUGUGGUACAAACGAUACGAGGAUUUGUUCUCUGUCGAUCUGGCUGCCCAGGAAUACGCAUGGAACGUACGACUCCUCCUUCGCAAACAAUGUCCUGCUGAGCAUAAACGCUACGCCAACUUCAUUUUGCCCAAGAAUCCAAGGAACAUUUCCUUCGCGGACACGCUGAAGGCCUUGUCGCAGAUUUUCUGUGAGCAGUAUUCACUUUUAAACGCCCGAUUCCAGUGCCUCCGGCUGUGCAAACGAGAAUCCGACGAUUUCGUUACGUACGCCGGCAUUGUGAAUCGCGAGUGUAGGCGUUUUCAACUCGGUUCUUUCACAGAAGACCAGUUUAAAUGCCUUAUCUUUAUCUGCGGCCUCCACUCCCCUAAGGAUGCCGACAUCCGGACAUGUCUUCUGUCCCACGAACCCGAGGAAGAUAAUGUGAUUGCUGCUAUUUCGAUUAAAGACGAAGUGCGUCGUCAGCUUUCGGACGCCAUACGAGGUAUUCCUGUAAAUACCGCCGAUAGCCGACGAGCUACCGCCACUAUAGCCUUCCAUCGGCGCGUCUUCAGCCAAUACGGCCUACCGCAUAUUCUGGUGUCGGAUAAUUGGUCGCAAUUUACCUCAUCGACCUUUGCGGAUUUCUGCCGCCAACACCCCAUCCAGCAUCUUCGCUCCCCGCCCACCAUCCCAAAUCGAACGGUCAGGCAGAAUGCUUUGUUGGCGCUUUCAAAUGAGCCCUGCUGA